GGCGCGAAAAAGUCACACAUCAGUUGUGCUGCCGACACGAGUUGUUUUGCACUGAAUAUUUCUUAACAUUUUUGAAAGCUUUAUACAGAAAAUGGCUGCUGAAGUUGCGGACGACCAAGAAAUGAGGGAGGCCCAGAGGGAAUAUCUGGAUUUUCUUGACGAUGAUCAAGACCAGGGCAUCUAUCAGAGCAAAGUGCGACAGAUGAUAAGCGACAACAAAUCCAGGCUCAGCGUUAACAUCAACGACCUGCGUCGCCGCAACGAAACGCGAGCAGCCAAGUUGCUGAAUAAUGCUUUUGAGGAGCUCUUGGCAUUCCAGCGUGCCCUGAAAGACCUGGUGGCUUCAGUAGAUGCCACUUAUGCCAAGCAGCAUGAGGAGUUCUUCAUUGGCCUUGAGGGCAGCUUCGGCAGCAAGCAUGUCUCCCCCCGAACCCUGACCUCUCGGCUGCUUGGCAGCAUGGUGUGUUUGGAGGGCAUCACCACUAAAUGCUCUUUGGUGCGUCCCAAGGUAGUGCGCAGUGUGCAUUACUGUCCAGCCACUAAGAAGACCAUGGAGCGCAAAUACACAGACCUGACCUCUCUGGAUGCCUUCCCUUCAAGUGCCAUCUAUCCCACCAAGGAUGAGGAGAACAAUCCUCUGGAGACUGAGUUCGGUCUGUCCAUCUAUAAGGACCACCAGACCAUUACAGUGCAGGAGAUGCCAGAGAAAGCCCCAGCUGGUCAGCUGCCCCGCUCUGUGGACAUUAUCCUGGACAAUGACCUGGUGGACGCUGUGAAGCCAGGGGAUCGGGUUCAGGUGAUUGGCACCUACCGCUGCCUGCCCGGCAAGAAAGGCGGGUUCACCUCUGGCACCUUCAGGACCAUCAUGAUCGCUUGCCAUGUCAAGCAGAUGAGCAAAGAAGUUUCUCCCUUUUUCUCUGCAGAUGAUGUGGCCAAAAUCAAGAGCUUUUGUAGAUCUCGCUCUAAGAAUUUGUUUGAUCAGUUGGCUCGCUCAAUGGCUCCCAGUAUUCAUGGUCACGAGUACAUAAAGAAGGCGAUCCUGUGUAUGCUUCUAGGAGGGGUGGAGAAGGUUUUAGAGAAUGGCUCACGUAUUAGAGGAGACAUCAAUGUGCUUCUCAUAGGUGACCCCUCAGUUGCCAAAUCCCAGUUGCUCCGCUACGUUCUGCACACUGCUCCUCGUGCUAUUCCAACCACAGGCCGAGGCUCUUCGGGUGUGGGUCUGACUGCAGCUGUCACUACUGACCAAGAGACAGGUGAGCGUCGUCUGGAGGCUGGUGCCAUGGUUUUGGGGGACAGAGGAGUUGUCUGCAUUGAUGAGUUUGAUAAAAUGUCAGACAUGGACCGUACUGCUAUCCAUGAGGUCAUGGAACAGGGCCGCGUCACCAUCGCCAAGGCCGGUAUCCACGCUCGGCUGAAUGCCCGCUGCAGCGUCCUGGCCGCUGCCAACCCUGUCUAUGGCAGGUAUGAUCAAUAUAAGACCCCCAUGGAGAACAUCGGGCUGCAGGACUCCCUGCUGUCUCGUUUCGAUUUGCUCUUCAUCAUGCUGGAUCAGAUGGACCCUGAGCAUGACCGUGAGAUCUCAGAACAUGUGCUGCGCAUACACCGCUACAGGGACCCCCGCGAGCAGGAAGGAGCUGCUCUAGCUCUGGGUGGUGCAGUAGAAGCAUUGGCCACUGAGGAUCCUGAUGCAGCUCAGGAGGAAGAGGAGGAGCUACAGGUUUAUGAGAAACACAAUCCACUCCUCCAUGGCAGCAAAAAACUUAAGGGCAGAGUGGUGAGUAAGGAGUUCAUGAGGAAGUACAUCCACGUUGCCAAGACUCUGUCUCCUGUUCUGACCCAAGAGGCAGCCGAUCACAUCGCGGAAGAGUACUCACGACUGCGCAAUCAGGAACAACUUGGUUCUGACAUUGCACGGACGUCACCCGUCACUGCUAGGACCCUGGAAACUUUGAUCCGUCUGUCCACAGCUCACGCCAAAGCGCGCAUGAGCAAAGUCGUGGAGCUGGUGGACACAGAAGUUGCUGUGGAGCUUGUGCAGUUUGCCUAUUUCAAGAAGGUUCUGGAGAAGGAACGAAAGCGCUCUAGAAAUGGUGAGCAGGACACAGCCUCAGAGGAGGAGGAGGAGGAGGAGGCGGCACAAGACACACCCCGACCGCAGAGAAAAAGGAGGCGCAAUUCUGAGCGCAGGCCAUCUCAGGGUAGUGAGCCAUAUGAUCCCUAUGACUUUAGUACUGAGACCGAUAUACCACAAAUUCAGUCCCCAGCUCCUGCAAGGCAGGGUGAGGAGCUCAUGGACACACCUGUUCAGAAUGGGCACACAGAAUUGUCUGCUGACAGGCUGAAGGAGUUCAAAGGUGCAUUGCUGGAGGUGUUCCACUCUGCUCAUGCUCAGUCAGUGGGCAUGAUUGCUCUGAUGGAGGGCAUCAACAAGAGCUGCCCUUCGCCAUUUAAUGAAACGGAGGUCCGUGCCGCCCUUGCCCGCAUGCAAGAUGACAACCAGGUUAUGGUGGCCGACGACAUCAUCUUCCUUAUAUAAAGAAUCUGUUUCAGAUUAUUUGCAGUAUGUGUGCAGUGUUUAUUUUAAUAUGUUUGUACAUGCUUAUAUAGGCAUAUAUUUCUUAAAAAAAAAUCAAAUGUAUUCCAAGGUGUUUUCGUACAUUAGUCUGUUUUUAUCUUACAUUUAUUCAUGAUUACACUAUGUAAUACAAUUUUUGUUCCUGGGUAGUAACUGUUAUUUCCUAAUUGCUUAUGCCUCAAAAAUGGGGAAUUAUUCCCCACAAACUUUGCUUUUGUGACCAGGACAGUGAUAUUUAGAAAUGUACCCAUUUCCAAUGAGAAAACGGGCGAAUAUGUAUCUUUUUGUUCACAUAAAGUCAGAAAAAAACAACAUAUGAAUCCAAAAUCCUUCUUUAUCUGUGGUCCAACGAAGACACCGUCUUUGACCUUUGCCUCAGACAGCUUAGGGAAGAGGUCUUGAAGGUACUUGAAGGCUGCUGACUUCUUAUCUAGAGCUCUGACAAAUUAUUUCAUAAGGCCCAAUUUGAUGUGCAGUGGUGGCAUCAGCACCUUCCGGGGGUCCACCAGUGGCUCCUACUUGAUGUUGUUCCUCCCCACAGAGAACUCAGUCCGCUGUGGCCAGUCCCACCUGUGGUAGUGCGCCUUGGUGCCCCUGCUGUCCCAAAUGCAAAGGUAGCAGGGAAACUUGGUAAAACCGCCUUGGAGACCCAUCAGGAAUGCCACCAUUUUUAAGUCUCCUAUGACCUCCCAGCCGUACUCAUCAUACUUCAAGGCGUCCAGCAAGGUCUUGAUGCUGUUGUAAUCCUCUUUGAGGUGCACCGAGUGAGCCAGGGGAAGAGACGGGUACUUGUUACCAUUAUGGACCAGCACGGCUUUGAAUAUUACUUUAAUAUAAAUACAUGUUAAUUUGGAUUCAUAUGUUGUUUUUUCUGAUUUUAUAUAAACGAAAAGACACAAAUUAGCCUGUUUUUUCAUUGGAAAUAGGUAAAUUUCU